GCAAAUGAAGAUAGCGUGGAUCGGUAAAUGCUAUGCAAUUUGCUAUUUCAUAUACAUUGAAUCUAACAACACAUUCAUCUAUAGUCAGCUCAUAAGCAAUUUGCUCAUAGGAUUUUUGAACACGCCUCGUGGUGACAGAAAACGAUAUGAUAUUUUAACAAUCAUUGCCAAUGUACUACAUUUAACUGAAGAGGAAAAGGAACAAAUUGGCUUAUUAAGACCAAAGCAAUCUUUAGGCUCACCGCCUCCUACUGCUAUAGAACAGCCCGUAACAGAAUCAUUUACCGACGCAUGGAUAUCCUUCUUGCUGAAAGAAUCAAGCCCUUUACGUAGAAAUAGAUCAGCUGUUACUUUAUCCAGCACGGAAAAUCACAUUGAUCUGUAGAAUUAAAUAAAACUAUUUUAUUGUUAGCAAGUAGGCAUUUGUAUACACGCCAAUUAAAUUACAAAAAACACCAAGGCAUCAUCGUAAACCGUCAGAUAUGAUCAUGUCCAAUAUUGGUCUUUACCUGUGAGGUAGUUACGUGCAUCCUAUCCACCAUUCCAACGUCCUUUAGAUAUUGUGUCGUAACUUUGCUUUAGUUGGACAGUAAAAUAGACGUGUUUGGAUUCCCAUUAAAAUUGAUGAUAUGAAUAGAAUAAAAGACUCAAAACUAUCGUUUUCAAAUAUAAAUUUUGUAGGACGCCUUGCAUAAAACAUCUGACAUAAACAUUGCUAUUGUUAACAUCUCAAUACUAAGAUCUCUACAUGCGAUACUACCAACAUCUCCCACAUUACAUUAUAGUAAUGACCAAUCCAUUGAUGCUUAUAAGCCACACGUUUGAAACUAAUAAAUGACUUAAAGUA